AUGGUUGAAAGUUCGAAACUAGAGGCACUUGGCUAUUAUUUCGACGACAAAGAUGUUCUUCGGACAAUCAGUGUACGUGAAGUUUUCUGAUUUUGAAGUUUUUAUUUCAAAAUAGUGUUGUUUCAGGACAAUGUGAAAUUCAAUUUCACAACUCAAGAGCAAUAUGAAGAAUUAGGCGAAGCUGUAGAGAUCGAAGUAUACAAAUUGAUGAAAGAAAGAUGUGGACUGGUUCAAAUCCCAAUCAAACCAAGUGGCUGCACAAUUCCAGACGAAGAAGUUGGUUUCAUCUUCGCCACACCCGAUUACUUCCAAAAAGAGACUAUUCUCAUUCUGAUCCACGGUUCCGGAGUAGUUCGAGCUGGACAAUGGGCAAGAAGAUUGAUUAUCAAUGAAGAUUUGGAAUCCGGAACACAAUUGGAAUAUAUCAACAAAGCGAUCGAAAACAAUUGGGGUGUUUUGGUGUUUAAUUCGAAUCACAAUUCCUUCAAAGAUUAUCGAAAUGGCGGAUAUUCUCCAUUGAAAUACAGUGAAAACCCGGUAGAACAUUGUAUCCAUGCCUGGCAAUUUUUGGUGCAUCCGUGUCCAGCGAAGAAAAUCAAUAUUGUUGCGCACAGUCGAGGAGGAUAUGAUGUUUCGAAAAUGCUCGAAAAGUUCAAUGACUUGCGUGUCACAUUAGUUUGCUUGACUGAUUCUCCAGUCUUUGAGUAUCCGCCUGGAAAUGAAGAUCGAGAAAACCCACUGAUUGCUAUCAAUUUCAUCGCAAGAGGAGUAAGAUGACGUGGCAAAUUAUAAAAUUUUUCAAUUCACAUUUUCUUCAGGAAAUCGGUUCAUCUGAGUACUACAUCAAACCAUUCAAAGUCAACGAUGUGAUUCAAUUCUACGCAGGAACAAAACAACACGAAUCAUCAAGUCACACAGCAUUUUGGGCUAUUUUCCAUAUUCUAGAGAAACAUGUACGCAUUUUUCGAAGCUUCUAUGAAUAAUGUUAGAAAAUUAUAUAUUUUCAGAUGACUCCAAAGACCUAUAUUCAAGUUAGUGCUGAGUGUCGACAAAUGGUAGCUCCAGAUAUUCGAGCAAGAAAGAAGAGACAAGAUUUGGCGUUGAAGAAGAUUGAAAAGGAAAAAGCAUUGGCUGCGGUGGCGGCGGCACAAGCAAAAGCUGCGCAACAACAAUCUGCUGGACAGAAUGACAAUGAUGGACCACCAGAUGCAAAAAGACAGCGAGUUUAA